GGAAGGGCUGGAACAGGCAGCCCUGGCCGCCGGAACCGGUCGGACAGGUAGCGAGCUUGUUGACACCGUUAUGUUGCAGGGCGCAUGCUCACUCCCAAGUUUCCUGGUGCCUUUUCUAUUCCACCUUAUGAAACUUUACCACGGCGUGGUCUCACCCGCGGUUUAAGGCAUAGGUGUCGCCGAGCCGGGAGUCUGGGAGUCGCCAGUAGUGCCGGAGGGAGGCCGGGGCCGCGCUGCGGCGGGGGGCGGAGGGAGAGGGUCGGCCAGGCGGGAAGGUGGGCUCUGGCCGCCAGGAGCCGGGACCCAGACAUCGCUGCGGUCCCUAGCGGUGAGCAGCCUGGACGAGGGGGCCGGGAGGGGGCCUCGCCAUGCCCAAAGUCUUCCUGGUAAAGCGGAGGAGCCCGGGGGUCUCGGUCCGCAGCUGGGAUGAGCUCCCGGACGAGGAAAGGGCAGACACCUACAUCCCAGGCUCGGCCCCUCCCUUCGCAGUGGGUCUGGGCCGUCUGCUCUGCGACCCCCCCGAGGACUGCCGCAGCGACGGCGGCAGCAGCAGUGGUGGCGGCAGCAGCAGCGCGGGGGAGCCUGGAGGCACCGAGAGCAACUCGUCCACGCGUACCCCCGAGCGCGAAACCCUGGAGCCUGGAGAUGCCGAGGACCCCGGUGGACACCUGGCGGCGAAGCAGCGCCCGGUCGCCAGAUCGAAAAUCAAGUUCACCACAGGCACAUGCGGCGACUCGGCAGUUCACAGCUGUGACCUGUGUGGCAAGUGCUUCCGCCUACAGCGUAUGCUCAACCGGCACCUCAAGUGCCACAACCAGGUGAAGAGGCACCUGUGCACCUUCUGCGGCAAGGGCUUCAAUGACACCUUUGACCUAAAGAGGCACGUCCGCACGCAUACAGUUGGAAGGCUCUGGCUUGGCCAUGACCAACCAGUCAUGUGUCUGCCCCUUGCCCUUGCAGGCAUUCGCCCCUACAAAUGUGACGUCUGCAACAAAGCCUUCACCCAGCGCUGCUCCUUGGAGUCCCACCUGAAGAAAAUCCACGGGGUGCAGCAGCAGUAUGCCUACAAGCAACGCCGGGACAAGCUCUAUGUCUGUGAGGAUUGUGGCUACACAGGCCCCACCCAGGAGGACCUGUACCUGCACGUGAACAGUGCCCACCCGGGCAGCGCGUUUCUCAAAAAGACAUCCAAAAAACUGGCAGCCCUGUUGCAAAACAAGCUGACAUCCGCACUCCAGGGGAAUGCCAACCUGAGCGAGGAGGAGGAGAAGUGAGGAGGAGGAAGGGGGAGACGCCAAUGCUGACACGUUUACAUGGACUUUUGGUUUUGAGGGUCCCACUGGCUCUUUCUAAUUACAAGUGUUCAGUUUAUCUCUCUGUCCCUCUGGGGCCUCGGCGGGGGAUCUGCUCCAAGGCUGUCAGUUGUAAUGAGUGUGUCAGGUCCCCCGUCACCCAUGCCCUGUUGAACACACUCAUGUUAAGGAAAGUUGAUUGGUAGGUGGCUGUGAUCACCAUGCAGAACUUUUUGUGUGUUUUUUAGGAUUUUCUUACAUGGAAGCAGAUGUGUUCUUAGAGAGACCAUCAUAUUAUGGUGCCUUGAAAUAAAAGUACUUCCACUUGAAAUGCUACUUAAGU